GCCCGUUGGUUAGUAGUAGAUGAAAGAAAUAUUACACACCUGAAAGAAAUGGUAAAAGUAGUGAGUGCAAGUGUAGUGUGGCCACCCGGUGCCAAGAAGUUAGUGAUAGGUGUGUUGCUGUUGGUGGUACUCAUCCCAGUGAGGGCUGAGGUGACAUGCUACUGGUGUGACGGGUGUGAUGCGUACAAGCCAACUCAAAUGAAGGAAUGUGCGACUGAGUGUAGCGUUUGGUACUCAAAAAAUGGCGAAACGACAACGGUGAACCGAGGCUGUCUGGAAGAGGCCGCGCUUGAUGCACUCAUCGCCCAAUGUACUUCCGCGUUGUGUAAUACUGCCAGCGUUACACGCUGUGUGCGAUGUGACUCGCCAGUGUCAGCAGAAUGUGAGACCGUCAUCUGUCCAACGGCGCAGGACAAAUGUUACCUGAAUCCUGCAGAUGGUCAUCGAGGAUGCAAAUUGGAUCAGGCUUACGAAACAGAUUGCGCACCGGGUACGGGCACCAGCUCCUGUAUCGAAUGUACCUCCCAGCCAGGCAAACCCUGCAACGAUAUACCAAAGUGUGUAGCGUGCGAUAUAGGCAAUGAUCCCGAAUGCCUCGAGGACACGCUCUUCGUACAGCAGUGCCCACGAACGACCGACCAGUGUUACCGAUAUCGGGAUGCCGAGCAGGUGGUACAUUUGGGUUGUACUGGCGCGGAAGACUACACGAGCGCCUGCCAGGGCACGGCCAACUGUAACACGUGCUCGGGCGAGGAAUGCAAUCGCAAUGCAAAGUUUGAGUGCUAUACAUGCGACGAUUGUGGUUCGGUUGAAGUUGACCAGGCGCUGGCGGAAUGUAGCAUCUUCGAGGAGAACCAAUGCUACGUGGGCUAUGAUAAGACCACCAAGCAGACGCACCGUAGUUGUUUCAGCGGCACCGUCCCACUGUACGAUUUCUUUAAGCUGUGUGACAGCACCGGUUGCAACGAUCGAAGCUUUCCCGAGCAUCUGCAGUGCUAUCAGUGCGUUGAUUGUACCGAAGCUAUCGUUGAGGAUGCUAACUACUGUAGCAGUACCGAGGCUACCGAUUGUUUCAUGCUGCAGCUUUCCUCUGGAACAAUCGUCCGAGGCUGCAACACGGACGAAGCAUUUGCCGACUGUCAGCUUGAUCGGAACUGCCAAACCUGUGGCAGCGAUCAGUGCAAUCGGGAACCAGCGCAGAAGCAAACGUAUUGUAAUCAGUGUACCGGCGUGACGGCAUGUGAGCAGCCAAUCCCGAGCACCGCCUGUACGGACAGUUCAUUCACCAACCAGUGCUACCUGUACUCGGACGGUACGCGCCAGAUGCGGAAGGGUUGCGUACUCGAUCUGGAUCCGGCGAUGGCCGACGUGUGCUACGAUCAGACCGAUCCCCGGUGCACGCUCUGUAAGGAUAAUCAGUGCAAUCAGCAGCACUGCGUCCGAUGUGAUUCGGGUACGGACGGGAUGGGUUGUGUGGUGGCAGAUAAGGCCGCGGUCGCACUGCAGUACAAGCUUUGUGCCGGUGACGUUUGUCGGGUGGAGAUCGAUGCGGAAGGUCACACGGUGAGAGGAUGUUUGGAGGAUUUUGAGAACCCUGUCUGUGAACCGGGCAGUUGCGUGGAAACGGUGGAGAGAGGAUCGAAUGCUGGAGUUUUCCCGGCCGAUCGGCGUCAGUGUUAUAAGUGUGCAGGGGACAGCUGUUGGGCGCCAGCGGAGGAAUCGGAUGGAGAGUACUGUCUGCUGUACCGUGGUGCUGAGGAUGGUUGUUACAUCUACAACGACGGUAGUACGAUUGUGCGAGGCUGCACUACCGAUCCCGAUGCCCGGUGUGCUGGAGAUGACAGUGAUCCCGACGAAGCCUGUACCGUGUCGCUUACGGAUCUGAGUAACGAUGCUGCUCAGUCACAGACGCCCAUGACGUGUUAUGCCGACUGUCCAGGGAAUAUGCCACCGUGCCUCACCGUCACUUGCCCACGCCCUUCCGAUCGGUGCUUCGUGAGCGUAUCGCUCAGUGGUGUCAUAACGCGUGGCUGUACGCCAACCUCGUGUCCUGCCGAUUCCAAGGAUUGCUUCACCUGUAACGAACCGAUCUGUAAUGGUGUGUAUUCCGUCUGUUCCACGUGCGACACGGCGAUCGACACGGACUGUGCCGUGGGCUUACGACAGUCCGGAGCCAUUUGCGAACAGUCGACCGGUUGCUUCCAGUACCGGGACGAGGAUCGAGCGGUGUAUGGCUGUGCCGAACAGGCUUCACCCCUUUGCGUAGACAAUGAGGAACGGUGCCAGUUUUGCGAGGAACCAUUGUGUAACGCAAAAGAUUUAAACUUGUGCUACACGUGCACCGAUUGUCCGGAUGCUUUGACACCCGGUGGCCCAAUGCUGAAGCUGUGCGCGGAGGAAGGGGACCACUGUAUUACCGGACUGUAUGACGGGAGAAUCGAUCGUGGUUGCCAGUCUGGGCUGGCACAUCCGAUCGAUGAGUAUAGCGUGAUUGAAGACUGUACCGCCGAACCGGGCUGCAACCAGCUGCUGAUAACGGAGUAUGUCAGCUGUUACGCGUGUGUCGACUGUCCGGACGGUGCAAACGAAGCGGACGCCACGCUCUGCCUUAAUCCUCCCACCAAUCAAUGCUACACGAAGCGAGAGUCGGACGGUACGAUCAGUCGGGGAUGUGCCAACGAGGACGCACUGAUCGGUUGUGACAAUGGCAUCAACUGUGUGGUGUGUGAACAGAGCAACUGCAACAGUAAGGCCGUACCGCGUGAGUUUAGCUGCGUGCAGUGUCCUCGCAGUGAAGCCUGUGCCGAUCGCAAUGUGCUGAGCGACUGUCCCAACACGCUCGGUAUGGUGUUCGAUGCGUGCGUCAUACACAGGCUGGGCUCGGAGGUCACCAAGGGAUGUCUGAGCAGUCCCAGCCUGUUUGCCCUGUGCUACGGCAAUACGAACGACGACCGUUGUACGGUGACGUAUGAAUCGCAGGGGAAUGCACACCCCGUGCAGUGUAUCGACUGCCGGGGUGGCGUUGACUGUGUCCGUGGCGACCCUGACGAACUGCCCACCGAUACCGCCUUCCACGGGUCUUGUGUGUCGUUCGUGGACGCGAAUGGUAUGGUGGUGCGUGGUAAUGUGAUCAACUAUCCCGAAUGUCAGGAUUCCUCGCACUGUGCGGAGUGUUUCAGCGACGUCUGCAAUGGCGGUCUCUUUCCCGACGAUCGGCUGCUGUGCUAUCAGUGCAGUGGAGAGCCGUGUGCUCGGCUACCGCUGACAGCAAUCAAUCCGGAACCGUGCUUGCGGUACGAUGCAGCGAACGAAAAGUGCUACACGUGGUACGAAUCGCCUUCCAGCGCGCAACGGGGCUGUGGCUUGGACGAUGCCGUGUGCCAAACGGAGGGUGUACUCUGCCAGGAGUGUGCGGACAGUGGAUGUAACGUGCUCGGGUACGACGGCUUUGACGAUACGAAGGUUUGCGUGCAGUGUAGCUCGAACCGGGCGUGCGAUGAAAGCCCGUUGGAAGAAACCUGCUCCGAUGGUGGAGGUUGCUAUACGUUCUUCUUGAGCGAACUGUUGGUUACGGCGAAAGGGUGCGUAUCGGAGCUGAGGGAGAGUAUGGCGUGGUACGAGGAGUGUGUCGGUGGUGAAAGUGGCCGCUGCGAGCGGUGCUACGGAGAUUAUUGUAAUCGCAACAGGUGUUACGUUUGUAACUCACUGUCAGGAGACGGUGGUAACUGUAUCGAACCUAGUGUCGGGAGUACCGCAUUUGCUACCUGCCCAGAAAGCGAUGAGUGUGUGGCGUUUAUAGAUGCUGGUGGCCACACCAUCCGUGGAUGUAGUGACAGUUUCGAGCAGGAACAGCUAGCUGCAUGUUCCGCAACGGGUGGCACGUGUGUCAGCUGUAGCGGGGAUUACUGUAACGGUGGACCAGUGCCCGGGGAUCGCCUCAAAUGCUAUCAAUGCGCCGGUACACCCGAUUGUCUCAAUCCGACCAAGAGCAGCGAGCGGUACUGUGAUAUCUACCGCGAAGGAGAAGAUAGUUGCUACACGCUCUUUCAAGAUGAAACGACGGUAGAACGCGGAUGCACGCUUCAGCGGUCGGAACCAUGUGACCAGCAGCCCCCCUGUGUGCAGUGUAACACAACGGGCUGCAACAAUCAGCGCGCCCUCGUCCAAAGCACGCUCAGCUGUGCACAGUGCGCCGGGGACGCGUGUCCAGCCAUCGAUGAGCCGGCCAAUGACGCUUUGGUAAAGGCGUGCCCGAGUGAGAUUUUGCUGGGCCGUACCGAUCAGUGCUACGCGUACUUCCAUCCGAACGGAACACUCGAACGAGGAUGUCUUAGCGAGCUGGCGAAACGUGAAGAUACGCUAGCGGCCCAGUGUUUCGACCCGUCGGAUGUAAGCUGCAAAGUCUGCCCGAGCGAUGGUUGUAAUGCGCGGAGCGUGCGAUGCUUCGUGUGCGAUACGGACACGUUCCCGGGCUGUGCAGACGAGCUGGACGAAGCGGCGCACAGUUCACUCGUACAGGCAUGCGCCACGGGACAGUGUGUUUCCGUGCUGGACGGUGCAGUCACACGGAAGGGCUGUGCCGAGGAUUAUACGGUGGAGUGUGCAUCGACCGGCAGCAUGUGCGAAACGUUCGAAGGGACGAUGUCGAACGGUGCCAUUUAUCCGCUGGACCGACUACGGUGUUUCCAGUGCCAAGGGAGCUCCUCGUGUGACGCGAUCCAGAGUUCGUCAGCAUCGGCGUCGGCUUGCCAGCAGUAUAGCGCUGCCGACGAGUGCUACACAUACGUCUCCGACUCCGGAGAAACCUUCCGAGGAUGCGCCUCUGACUCGCCAGUAUCGAAUCCAUGCACCGAGCAGCCCGACCUCUGCAUCCGGUGCAGUUCCGCGUCCGCAUGCAACGAUCAACCUGCCGUACGGUCCAACGAACUCAUCUGCGCCCAAUGUACCCGGGCGGCCGAGUGUGAAACGAUGGAACGAUUCGAACGUUGCACCCAGCCGGUACUGCUUGGACGAUCCGAUUCCUGCUACGUACAAUCGUUUGCCGGUGAGAUCCUCGCACGCGGCUGUCUCAGUGAUGCUGCCGCAUCGUUGCGUGACAAGUGUGCCGACGCCGGUGCUCCGAACAGUGAAUGCUCGCUGUGUCUGUGUGAUCGUUGCAAUGGUCCAGCGGUGCAGUGUGUUGCCUGUGAGAGUGAGACCGGGUGCGGUAGUGUCCUCGGUGCCGAAGCGACGCUUGUUCCGUGUCGGACAGGGAGUUGCGUCUCGUUCGUGAAACAGCUUGCGACCGGGUCUUCGCUCAUCGUGAAAGGUUGCUCGGAAGCGUACGAGCAGGACACUUGCGGCAGCGGACAGUCAGCGGAAGGAAGCUAUAAGCUUUGCCAUUCUACCGGGUGUAACGAUGUGAUGUUUCCGGUCGGUAGAUUGAAGUGUUACCAGUGUGCGGGUGAAGCCUGUUCCAAUCCAUCUCUGCAGCCAACGAUCUGCGAGCCUUACAGGGAGGGGGACAGGUGUUACAGUUUUCGGGACCGUCAGCAGAAGGGUUGUCUGGGACAGUUGGACAAUGGGACGGAAUGCAGCGAAGAAGGACAGCGGUGUACGGUUUGUGAUUCUUCCGAUGGAUGCAAUGAGAAACCACGAGCUCUGCAGUGUAUUGCGUGCAGUUCGAGGAGUGAUCCACGAUGCGCUGAUUCGAUGGCCGCGGGGCUGAGCAUGAAGAUGUGUCUUGUUGGGGGGUGCGUUACCCUAAUUGAUGAUGAUGGCUACACGGUGAGAGGGUGCGCGACCGAAUACGACGCGUCGUCAGAAUCAUGUACAGCGGCAGAAGCAACCGCCACCUGCCACGUUUGCACCGCUGGCGACGCAUGCAAUAAUGCGUUGCUCCCUGCUAAUCGGUUAAAGUGCUAUCAGUGUUCGGAGGCCGCCUGUUUGGACGUGUCGCAACAACAGCCGUCCGUCUGCCAGCGAUACAGUGCAACCGAAGCUUGCUACGCGUACGCCACCAGUUCGACCAACAUUCGACGGGGAUGUUUGUCGGACCCUGCCUUCCAGUGUCCGGACGAAGGCUGUGUUACGUGUACGGCUGGGGAUGGUUGUAAUGACGAUCCACCGAUCGUGCCUAACGCGCUUACCUGCCACCAUUGCGACGGUCCGGAUUGUGCCAUGCAGCAGACGGCAGGCAAGGGAACGGCGUGUCCGGUUGUUUUGCUAGGUCGUACCGAUGCCUGUUACGCCUUCGUGGAGAGGUACACCGUACGGCGCGGAUGCCUGUCGGAGGCAACGACAGCUUGCGAUCCUACCGAUGAGAACUGUCACGUAUGCACCGGUGAAAGCGGUUGCAAUGGAGAACAGUACUCGAUAGCGCGACACGAGUGCGUGCUGUGUGAUGAGGGCACUGCCGGUGAACGAUGCAAAUGGGGCUUCGAUUAUAGCGAGGCACAACGAUGCACUACCACCUCGGGUGUGGCGUCCUACGAUGCUGGCUGCUACACUUGCUACAGCAGCUCGGUAGGCUCGUUCCAGCGUGGCUGUGUGGGUGAGAACCGGCAAGCACAAUGUCAGCCCAGCACCGUCCAGGUGUGUCUAGGCACCGGCUGUAACCGGCGCAACGAGCAGCUACAGAUAUGUGCCAAAUGUGAGGCAGGCUGUGAAACCGAUCGAUGGACGGUGGAAGAGUGUCGGGGGGUUGUACCGUACGAGCGGCGGGGUUGCUACAUCAUGGUUGACUCACGGAAGCGUAUUGUGGCACGCGGUUGUGCGGCCGAUCUGAACGAGGACACCUGGAAUCUGUGCUCGAACGUGAAGGAUUCGUCCUGCGUUACGUGUCUGGGGAAUGAGUGCAACCAUGCGGGUAGAGGGUUGCCUCGGUUGUCUCUCCUUUGUACGCUUCUGAUAGCACUACUGUUCACGAUUAGUAACCGCGGUUAGUGGCGGCCCAGGUGGUGGAAGAGGGGUUUAGUUGAGGACUGACUAUCCAACUACGUGGCAUCAUGAAGUCUAGGGAAGCCAGAAGUGGCAGGCAUGACCUAAGAGAGGUCGGUCGGUAGGUGGAUAGGGAGAAUGUGGAGGCAUAUUUUCUCAAAAUCGACUCAACGAAUGCACCUUCUUGUAUUGUAACGUACGGUAGUAACAAAUUCCGAUUUUAUUAUAUAAAAAUGCUAUACUAUAAAGAUUCUUGCUGAUAGCGCGAAGGUAGAUAAUAAAAGGUAAAGUUAAAAAGUUAGAGGGAGGAAAAUAAGAACAAUAAA